UUGUUGUGCUAAAUUACAACUCGUUUUUAUAGGUUUUUUGUUUUAGUUACUUUUUUUUAUUUAAGUUUUUUUUUUAUUUGUUGUCUUUUGGCAUCUGAACUUUUUUUGUUUGCUGUAAUAAAACGGAAUAAACAACAACUACAACAACAACUAACAACAACAAAGAACUAAAAAUCUACAACAACAUCAACUAAAUAUCAACUUCCGUUUAUUUUUAAACAUCAAUCAACAUGCGACUGGAUACAAAUUCAAAUGAAGAUUUCAAAGCGUUAGGUUCAGCGUUUUGCAAAAUUAAACCUGAAAAUUUAUCCACCUGGGGUGGUUCUGCCAAACAAGAUACAAGACUGCCAAUAACUGAUUAUUCAACUUUAGGAGGUCCCCGUCACAAUUGCAGUCCCUUUCCCAUAUCCCGUGAUGUUAACAAUCGCUUUAUAUUAUGGGAUGGCGACAUAACCACAUUGGAAGUAGAUGCCAUCACCAAUACAACCGAUGAGACUUUAACUGAAAGCAAUAUUAUAUCGGAUCGUAUUUUAAAUGUAGCUGGUAAUCAAUUAAAAGAUGAUUUAACACAUAAUAUAAGAGAAUGCCGCACUGGUGAAGUACGCGUUACCAAGGGCUACAAUUUACCCGCUAGUUAUGUUUUACAUACAGUGGGUCCUGCAUAUAAAGAGAAAUUUAAAACUGCAGCCGAAAACACUUUACAUUGUUGUUAUAGAAACGUUUUAUGUAAAGCCAAAGAACUGAAUUUAAAAACUAUAUCUGUGUGCAAUAUUAGUACCAAUCAAAAGUCAUUUCCAGCUGACUUAGCCGCUCAUAUUGCAUUAAGAACCGUACGCCGUUAUUUGGAUAAAUUUACAUCGCAAAUCGUGAUAUUUUGUGUUAGUCCCCAUGAACGGGGCAUUUAUGAGGUAUUGGCACCUCUCUAUUUUCCACGUGAUAAUCUAGAAGAACGUAGUGCUUUAUGGCAAUUGCCUAAAGAUAUUGGCGGUGAAUAUGGUGAACCACAGCAUCCCGAUCGUCAAAUACGCAUCAUACGCAAUCCACAGCAUAGUGUUUUAAUGCGUCAUCAUGCUGACGACGACUCUGACAACUGUCCGCACGAUUUUGAAGGUGGUGGUUCGGAUCUUGAAUACGGUGUAUCCGAUUUAAACGGUUUGAAUCUUAACUCAUACAGUGGUGGCAUGCAAUCGCAAAUUCAGGCCGAUUUGGAUCGUCAGCAUUUAUUGGGCAACCGACCCAGUAAUGGUGUCUAUGAAAGUGUUGUGGCCGAUGGCAUUGAAGGCCUAGAACAUCAAGAAAGAUACGAACGCCUGUUGCAUCGUGCUCAAAUUGAGGAUUUGAACGAGGUUUCGGGCAUUGGUUGUCUUUAUCAGAGUGGUGUCGAUCGUUUGGGUAGACCCGUUAUUGUAUUUUGUGGUAAAUGGUUUCCAGCCCAUAAUCUUGAUUUGGAAAAAGCCUUAUUAUAUUUAAUAAAAUUAUUGGAUCCCAUCGUAAAAGGAGACUAUGUCAUUGCUUACUUCCAUACUUUAACCAGUACCAAUAAUUAUCCAUCAUUACAUUGGUUACGUGAAGUAUACAGUGUAUUGCCUUACAAAUACAAGAAGAAUCUAAAAGCCUUUUAUAUUGUACAUCCAACAUUCUGGACUAAGAUGAUGACCUGGUGGUUUACCACUUUCAUGGCACCGGCCAUCAAAGCCAAAGUACACUCAUUGCCUGGUGUGGAGCAUUUAUAUUCAGCAAUAUCAAAAGAUCAAUUAGAAAUUCCUGCAUAUAUCACCGAGUACGAUAUGGCAACAAAUGGACUACAUUAUUUUACACCACAACCACAAUUGACACCAUCAUAGACUACAAUCAUAAGACCAGAGGCUGUAUAAAAAUAUUAGGCCAGACUCUUAAGUCGAACGUCAAUCAUUCAUUCAGUCAGUCAGUCAGUCUAGAAAGUAGAGAGUAGAAUUUAACAAAAACAAAAAAUACAUACUAAUAAUAAUAAAUAAUAUGAAAUAAAAGAACAAAUAAACAAACAAAGUAAUAGCCCAUCAAUAUUUAAACAUUAGAAAUUUAAAGAAAAAUAAGAGAAAAAAAAGUACUUACGAGAAUUAAUGAAAUGAAAACCUAAUUAUGUACCUUUUUAAAAAAUAAAAUAAAAAACUCCACAUUAUAUUGUUAAAAAUAAUUAUAAUAAUAAAUAAAUCAUAUAUUGUAUUUAAAAAUGAAAAUGCUAAUAUUUAGAAAUGUAGUUAUUAUUAUAAAAAAAAAGAAAUAAAAUUGUUGUAGACAUAGAGAAGCCCUAUAGAGAAGAAACUCUGCUAUCAAAAACCUAGUAAAUCAAACUAUAGGAAAAUAAAAACAACAGUUUUGCGUUUAAGUUGUUUAGGAGUUUCCGCUCUAUAUAAAUUUCUCUAUGAUUGUAGACCUUAAUAAUAUAGAAAAAGCGUAUAAAAUUGUUUUAAAAGUUUACUAGCUAUUUUAAACAUAAUUAUCCUUUUAAAUUUAACAAAUUAGAGGGAUUAUAGAAAAAUAGCUAAUAAACUGUAGAACAUAUUGUUGAAAAAUUAAAACCAAACUUACAUACUUACAUUUACAUAUAUAUUUUACAAAAAUUACACAUUUUCUUAUUUGGUGACAGCAAAAAAAAAUAAAAGAAAUCUUAAAAAAACAUUUAUUUAAACUCAUUUCUAACUUAAAAAAUACACUAAAAAUGCCAUCUAAGUAAAUUUAAAAAAAAUCCCAUAAAACAAAAUCUGUUUUAGUACCAAUUUAGAAAAAACAUUAAAAGAAAGAAAAUUUAAUAUGAAAAAGAAAUUUGUUGUUAUUGCAUAAUUAAGAGAAAAAAAAUUAUAAUUAAAUUAUAAAUAAAAAUUGUUAACUUAUAAAAAAAAGUAUUUUAUUCCAAAUGAUAAGAAAAAUCCUAAUAUUAUUUCCGCCAUUAAAUUAAAACUUUCUAUCUAUUGUAAAUUUAAAAACCAUUAAACAAAUAUUAUUCAUAAUUUAUAUACAUAUUUAACAAAAAAAUAAAAACAAAAAAACAAAACCAUUUAAAACUAACUAAAUCUUUAUACUCUUAAUAAAUAUAUAUUUGAAGAAAAACAAAAUGUUAAAUAAAAAAAUCCUCUAUUAAAAAAAACAAUAAAAAAUUAAUAAAAAACCUAUUUAAAAAAA